CUCCUGGGAGCUGAUCGCUUUCUUGUUAGCACAAAUGAUCAACAACUGAAGGAGGCAAUCGGUAGUUUGGAUGGGAUCAUCGAUACGGUAUCUGCAUAUCACCCAAUAGCACCAUUGUUAGGACUAUUGAAGGCCCAUGGUAAGCUGGUGGUUCUUGGAGCAUCACAAGAGCCACUACAAGUACCUUCUAUCCCUCUUCUUUUAGGAAGAAAGAUUGUGAGUGGCUCUGCUGCUGGAGGCAUGAAAGAAACGCAGGAGAUGAUAGAUUUUGCUGCAGAACAUAACAUCAGUGCUGAAGUUGAGGUUAUACCAAUGAGCUAC